AGGCCCUUCUCCUUCCACUCGCUACGCGGGACCACCCAGCCGGCACUCUCGAAGCGCCUGUACCGGCUGAUCAAGUCGGCCAACGCGCUGGUGUCGGCGCACGAGACGGCGGCGCGCGAGCGCCUGUCCAUCGCGACGCAGCUGUCCGAGUGGGGCGAGCAGACGCCCGCGGGGUUUGGUACCAGUAUUGGGGGUGGGGGCAAUGAUGCGGCGGUGUCGGAUGUGAGCGACAAGAUCGGGGUGCUGCUGUCGGAGCUGGGCGAGCAGGAGGAUGCGUACGCGGCGCGGCUGGACGAGAGUCGGGCGGUGUUGAAGGUGGUGCGGAAUACCGAGAAGAGUGUGCAGCCGAGUCGGGAUGGGAAGAGGAAGGUGGCGGAGGAGAUUCAGAGGCUGAAGAUUAAGGAGCCCCAGAGUGCGAGGCUGGUGACGUUGGAGCAGGAGCUGGUGAGGGCCGAGGCGGAGAAUUUGGUGGCGGAGGCGCAGUUGGGGAAUGUGACCAGGCAAAAGCUCAAGGAGGCGUACACGGUCGACUUCCUUGCCACCAUCGAGCGCGCCGAGAAGCAGGCCAUCCUGGCGCGGCACGGGCUGCGGUUGUUACAGCUGCUUGACGACACGCCAGUGGUACCCGGGGAUGUACGACCGCCGUACGCACAUGCGUCACAGACGAGGCAGAUCUUGAACGACGCCGAGGAUGACUUGCGGGAGUGGCGGUUGGACGCGGGAUUCGUGGGCGACGAUAAGACCGUUGUCAUGGACGGGAGCGAGCCGAUGGCGCAAAAGGGCGAGGAGACGGGGAAGCAGAAGGAGAAGUCGAAGCAAAAGGAGGCCGAGAAGGGGAAUGCUGCCGGCACGGAGGGCGAUGGGUUGGGUGACAAGUACUGA